AUGGAAUCGGGCAAUUAAUAAAUAGAAUCAUAAAAUAAUCAGCAACCACCUUUGAUGUUCAAAGUACUUAAAAGGUUCAAUAGAUGUAGAGCUGCUGUGGUUACUCUUCCACAUGGGGAUGUUAGGACUCCAGUAUAUAUGCCAGUCGGUACAAAAGGUGCAAUGAAAGGUCUCUUAUCAGAGAAUAUGGCUGAAUUGAUUGACUGUGACAUCAUGUUAUCCAAUACCUAUCACUUAUUCUUGAAGCCAGGCGAGGAUAUUAUGGAGCAGAUGGGUGGACUUCAUAAGUUUAUGGGCUGGAAUAGAAAUAUUCUUACUGACAGUGGUGGUUUCUAAAUUGUUUCAUUAGGUGAAUUGAAUUCUCUAGAUGAAAACGGUGUCAGCUUCAAAUCGCAUAUAGAUGGCAAAGAGUUUUUACUUACACCUGAAAGAUCCAUGGAGAUUCAAAAUAAAAUCGGUUCAGAUAUCAUGAUGGCUUUAGAUGAUGUAGUCACACCAACUACAUCAGGUCCAAGAGUUAUGGAGGCAAUGGAAAGAUCUGUAAGAUGGCUAGACAGAUGCAUCUAAGCCCAUAAAAACCCUGAUAGAUAAAACUUAUUUGGAAUUAUAUAAGGAGGAGUAGAUGAUGAAUUGAGAAAAAUAUGCUGUGAAAUGAUGACUAAGAGAAACUUGCCAGGUUAUGCUAUUGGGGGUCUUGCCGGAGGAGAAGAUAAGGAAGACUUUUGGAGAACUGUUAAAGUAUGCACCGACCUUUUGCCAGAUGACAAACCGAGAUAUGUUAUGGGUAUAGGUUAUGCUGAAGAUCUAAUGGUGUGCUCUCUUCUAGGCGCAGACAUGUUUGAUUGUGUAUUUGCAACUAGGACUGCUAGGUUCGGUUCUGCUUUCAGUAAAUAUGGAAUGAUUAAGCUAAGAAAAAAUGAAUAUGCUGAUGACUUUGGCCCAAUCAGUGAAGAAUGCUAGUGCUAUACUUGCCAGAACUACACUCGUUCAUAUUUGCAGAAGACUUUCAGAGCAGAUUAAAGCUGUUUACAUUUGAUUUCUCUUCAUAAUGUUCAAGGACUAAGAAACUCAGUUUUAAAUGAUACUGCAGAAUAAUAUGCCAGAGAUUUCUUCAUUAACUACUACAGAGACGACAAAAAUGGUAUUCCAGUUUGGAUCAAGAAUGCUUUAAAAGAAUGCAAGAUAGAGUUAUGA